AUGGUUCGAUGUAUUGUCAAAGAUUGUAAGUAUAAUGCAUUUGCAUCUGUUAAGGCAUUGUAUCUUCACAUUCAAAUAUGUCAUCAAUGGAAUAUUAAUGAAAAGAUUAUGUGUCCAGAAAAAAAAUGUUAUCGAGAUUUUAAAGGAUGGCGUACUUUCCGCAGACAUUUGAUAUCAUUUCACAAAGUACCCUCUGUACUACAUUCUAAUUACAAAUCAAACGAAGAGAGUAAUAUUAACAACGGUAUCGUGCCUGAUUGCGACGAUCAGAAUAUGGCCGCUGCAAUUAACAAUCAAGAUGUGAUUGAUGAUGCAGUAUCUUUGAUUGAUGACAAUACCAAAUCAUUUGAAUUAGCUACAAGUACUUCGGUACAAGAUUUUGUCAUGUCUUUUAUUAGUAAGCUGUAUGCCACUCCAGGCCUUCCACGGAAUAUUAUUCAAAUAAUAGUGGAUGAGAUGCAUGAUCUUCUCAAUAAUAUAUCAUCAUUUGUGAUACCUUCCAUUAUGAAUGACUUGAAGAAUGUGUCUGUCGAUGAAAAUGUAUUAAUUAGAAUAAAGAAAGGACUAAAUAUUCUUACAAAACCAUUUAUGUCUAUGGAAACAGAAUACCAAAGAUUUAAAAAUUUGUUUUCUACUAAACAUUUUAUACAGGCGACAGAUUAUGUUGUUGGAAGUCGCUUUGAUGAGAAACUUAUUAAUGGUUGUAUUAGAAAAGAAAUGUGCGAUGUCAAAGCUAAAUUUAUAUCUAUAAAAGCAGUCUUACAACAGUUAUUAUCUCUUUCGGGAGUAUUGGAUAUUAUUCUUAACUACAUGGAAAGUUUAGAGAAUGAGAAAGAAUUGUUAUCAAAUUUUAUUCAAGGUGAAAUAUGGCAAAGAAAAAAGCAACUGUAUUAUAAGGAUAAAAUUGUUAUCCCUCUUUUUCUUUUUUUUGACGAUUUCGAGGUAAAUAACCCUCUCGGUUCUCAUGCUACUAUUCAAAAGCUUGGUGCUGUUUUUUAUUUUAUACCUUGUAUGCCUCCUCAGGUUUCUUCUCAACUAAAUAACAUUUUCCUUGCCUUACUUUUUCAUUCGGCGGAUAGAAAUCAAUUUCAAAAUAGCAGUAUCUUUGGUAUUCUCGUUGAUGAAAUAAAUGAUUUACAGAGAAAAGGUUUAUAUAUUCCAACAAAGACUGGUUUUAUUCAAGUAUUUUUUGCUUUAGGCCUUAUUUUGGGGGACAAUUUGGGAUUAAAUUCCGCAUUAGAUUUUGCUGAAGGAUUCAAUGCCACAUACUAUUGUCGUUUGUGCAAAAUGUCACAAAAUGAAGCUCAUUCGUGUGUUAUUGAGAAAGAAAAUCUUUUAAGAACUGAAAUUAAUUAUAAUGAUGACAUAAAAACUAAAAGUUUUAAAGAUAGUGGCAUCAAACAAAAUAGUAUAUGGAACAAAAUUGAUUACUUUCAUGUAACUUCUAAUGCCAUGGUAGACAAGAUGCAUGAUCUCGAUGAAGGUGUCUAUAAAUAUGGGAUGGCUCACAUUUUGUAUCACUAUAUAAUUCAAACCAAAAAAAUUUCUUUAUCCUGUCUAAAUGAACGACUUAAAGCAUUUGAUUAUGGCUCCAAUAAUAUAACAAACAAGCCACCUCUUAUAACUGAUAACGAAAUAAGAAAAAAGGAUUUAAAAUUUUCAGCAAGUGAAAUGAGUAAUUUUUUACUUCUUUUUCCUUUUCUUGUUGGCGAGGAUGUACCUCAUGAUGAUGUAUGGCAAUAUUUUUUGAGUUUACGCAAGAUACAUGACAUUGUUAAUGCUAAAUACCUUCAGAAAGAAUGUGCUGAAUUACUAGAAGUAUUAGUUGCAGAACAUAACGAAAAAUAUAUGUCUCUUUUCUGUGACAAUCUUAAAUGUAAACAUCACAAUUUAACUCAUUAUAAAACAGUAAUGAAAAAAAGCGGACCUUUAUCUCAUUUAAGUGUUAUGCGGUUUGAAUCUAAAAAUCGUCUACUUAAACUUGCUGCAAAUGCAACUUGUUCUCGCAAAAAUAUUACUCAUACAUUAAUCGUAAAAGAACAGCUCAAUUUAUGUCACAGGUUUUUAUCUAACACUAUAUUAUGUGAAAAUCAGAAAAUGGGACCUAUUGUUUUUAUUGGUCCCAUUUUUCUAAUUGACGAAUAUCAAUUAAUUAAAAGUUCUUUAUCCCCUACUUUCACUGGAAAAUGCAUGGAAACUACUUGGGUUCAGCAUAGAGGUAUAAUAUACAAACCUAAUCUCUGUGUAGUUAUUGAUAUUUUAGAUGAUCUUCCCCAAUUUGGCAUUAUACAAAAAAUUUUAUGCAAUGAAAGCGAUGAUUUGUGUUUAGUAUGUCAAAAUAUGUAUACCAUAGGAUUUAAUGAAAACCUACAUGGUUUCGAAGUUCAGGAUGCCGUAGGCUUAACGGCUGUAAAUAUAUCUCAUUUGUUUAACCCUUUUCCUGCGAUAGUAGCACGUUUGCCAUUGAGCGGCAAUUUGUUAGUAGCAACUAAAUUUGCCUUGUAA